AGAGCCAUCUGCGCGGACGAGGGGCGAAGGGCGGCACGCGGCGGCGGGAGGAGCCAUGGCCCGCGCGCUGCUGCUGGUGGGCUGGGUAUGGUCCGCCGCGGCCCAGAUGGCUGGCGACACGAAGGUGGAGAUGCCGCCGCCGGUCGCGAUCGCGCACUGCACCCUCCAGGACGGCUGCAAGCUGGAGUACACGAACGCCACGCUGGACGCGAACUGGCGGUGGAUCCACGGCGUGACGUGCAGCGGCGGAGGACCGUACAGCCCCAAGCAGUGCUACAGCUCUGGGAACUGCUACACCAACACCGAGUGGGACAAGACGCUGUGCAAGGACCCUAAGAGCUGCGCGCAGAACUGCGCGCUGGAGGGCGUCGACGCCCAGCAGUACGACACCACCUACGGCGUGACCCCCAUCCCUGGCGGGGUCGAGCUCAAGUUUGUGUCUGGCCAGAACGUCGGCUCGAGGCUGUACCUCACCGACAGCGAGGACACCUACAAGCUCUUCAAGCUGAAGAACAGGGAGUUCUCUUUCGAUGUGGAUAUGUCCACACUGCCGUGCGGCGUGAACGGUGCAGUUUAUUUCUCAGAGAUGGAGGUCACGGGCGGCAAGGGCGGUCUGAACAAGGCUGGCGCCAAGUACGGCACAGGCUAUUGUGAUGCACAAUGCCCCCACGACGUGAAGUUCAUGAAUGGACUUGCAAACAUCUUGGAUUGGAAUACCACCACCGCGUUCGGUCGGAUGGGGGCUUGCUGUGUGGAGAUGGACAUCUGGGAGGCGAAUACACAGGCCUCCGCGUACACCCCGCACCCGUGCGAGACGAACGGAACGUUGAUUUGCGACGGUGCCCUUUGCGGCGGCUUGCCCGACGAUCGCGGGCAGCGUUACAAGGGUGUAUGCGACAAGGACGGCUGCGAUUUCAACUCCUACCGCAUGGGUGACCACAAGUUUAUCGGUGAGGGUCCAGAGUUCAAGGUGGACACAUCCAAGGUAAUCACCGUGGUGACGCAGUGGCUGACCAGCGACGGCACCGACGAGGGGCCCUUGUCAGAGAUCCGCCGCGUCUACGUCCAGGACAACAAGAUCAUUGAAAAUUCCAAGGCCAACAUCUUGACCGGCAGCGACGCCAAGGACGAUUCGGUCACAGACGAGUUUUGUUCGGCACAGAAGAAGCGCUUCGGUGACCCAGAUCAGUUCACCGAGAAAGGUGGACUCAAGACCAUGGGCGAGUCGUUCGACCGUGGCAUGGUACUCGUGUUGUCGCUGUGGGACGACUACCAGGCGCACAUGUUGUGGCUGGAUUCCCUGGCUGGAAAGGGCGGGCGCAACCGACCAGGCGUGUUGCGAGGCCCGUGUGGCAACACCACCGGCGUGCCGCAAGAGGUCAGAGCGAUGAGCGGCAGCGCGUCGGUCAAGUAUACCAACUUCAUGUAUGGCGAAAUCGGCUCCACUCUGGUUGCCAAGGCCAAGCCCGACGAGAUGCAGAAGGCGGACAAGAAGUACAAGGCCAUGUUAGCUCGCUUCUCUGCGCCACCGUUGCAGCCUGGACAGCAGCAGCAGCAACAACAGCAGCAGCUGCAGCAGCAACAACAGCAGCAGCUGCAGCAGCAGCUGCUGCAGCAGCAGCAGCAGCAGCAGCUCCAGCAGCAGGGCGCAGUGCAGCAGAUCUCCAGCGGUGCCGACCUCGAGGACGACAGCUCGCCGUUCGCGCCGCCCCCGGCGCAGCAGACGUCGCAGGCGGCCGCCAGCGGCUUUGGCAGCGACCCUUUGCACGCGAGCAUCGCGGACAACGCCCCUACCGCCAGCGCGAUCGCGGCCAGUGGCUGCCCUGACGGCGACCCCGUGCACUGCGCGAUGUACAAGUCUGCCAGCGCCUGCGACGACCCAGACCCGGUGCACUGCGCCGCGAUGCGGGCCUUCGGCGUCGGGCCCGGCGCCCCUCGCCCGGCGCCCGAGGCUGUGGCCGCGCCGCGGUGGGCCGGCGGCGCCGCACUGGGCGUGGCGCUGGUGGCGCUGGCGGCCUCGGCCGCCGUGGCGGCCCGCUGCAGCCGCGGGGGGGGCCGUCGGAUCGGCUGGGCGCUGGCGGAGGCCUCGGAGGACACUGGGGAGACCUGGAGCUGGAGGGCCUCCGCGUCAGGUAGCCCCCGCGGUGGGCGAGCGCGCCGGCGGCUGCGGGUCUGGGCAGAGCACAGAAUUCAAUGCCCGUGGGCUCCGGAGUGGUCCGUGGGCCUCAUCCUAGCAUUCUCGUCCUCGUUCUGGCCUCCUCGGCCUCAGUCUUCUCCUCCCCCCUUAUCAACCUCCUGCUCCUCCUCCUUUUCCACCUCCCCCGCGGCCCGCGUAUUGCAAUAAUUCGGCCCCCCCGCGGGCCCCGCGUCGGGGAUCCCCGGGGAGGCGGCCCCCGCUCACCCGCUUGCCGGGCCCGGUUGCGUCCUUCGCGCCGCGCGGCGUGUGGCGAGAGGGCUCGGCGCUUAGGAGGCGGCCCCUGGCCUCCGUCGAUAGAAGGAGGAGGAGGAGGACGAUGAGGAGGAGGAGGCGUCGGAGGUCUUGAGUUUUGGUCCUCGCUGCAUGUAGUUAGUUCACUCAGGCUUGGCUCUGCGGAAGCGCGAGCCAGUCGGCCUGGAUUUGGAAAGGUGCGUACAAUUAGGUGCGUUUCCCUUAUAUAAUCGCUAGCAGCCGUAGCGGCAAUGAUUGCGCCAGGGAUUAGUAGCUUUGACAGCCACUGCCAUGCGCGAAGAGAUGCUGGAAGGACUUUGCGAGGGAACGGCGUCUCAGCACAGUGUCGAGGCCAGGGAAAGGUGCAGCUCGACUAGCCAUGUGCCCGCGUGCUGCUUGAGAUACCACUGCGUCAUUGGUCACCAAUAUUGGUGCCACGUUCGCUCCGCAGUCUAGAUGUGCCUGUCGCAAGCAACAUGCGCAAGCGCGCGAAUGUAUGAUUGGUCUGGUAUGAUGGCAUACGUCGGUGAACACGGCUAGAUGCACUUCGAGUGGGUAGAAGUCUUUCUGUUCUUGCGCCUCUUUCGUCUCACUCCUGUCUUUCCUUGCUCCCCGCAUCCGUCUCCUCUCUCUCUCUCUCUCGCUCUCCCCUCAGUUCCCCUCCCCUUCCCCCCCUCCGCCAUCCACCUCCCCUUAUCCCCUUCCUCCCAAG